AUGAAGCGUAAUGUUGUUGAACUCGAUCUUUUUGUUAAUAGUAGACUUCAUUGCCAUUUUUUUGAGUUGCCCAAAAGCAUCUUCAUGUGCAAGACACUCAUGAUUCUGAAGCUGAGAUCAAACUUCACUGCCAAUAAUAUUCCUGCAUCAGGUUGUAAUAAAAAAGACUCCAAGUAUGGAGCAGACUCAGAACCUUAUGAAGGCCCGAAGCCGCGAUGGCGUGCACCAGAGCUUGUGCCUAGUUGUUUAGAAUCAAACCUCGAGACUAUCUACAUUGAGGGAUUCAAGGGGCAGCUGAAUACAAUGGAAGUGGCUAAAUAUUUCUUAAGGAACUAUGAAGUUUUGAAGAAGUUGACGCUUUCUUCAGAUCCUUUGUGUGAAGAAAUGCAGGCCUUACACAAAAAGCUUUUAAUGGUUCCAAAGGUUUCGAAGGCUUGUGUAGUUAAUUUUGUCUAA